GCCGGGAUGGUGCAGCCGAGGUCUGCUUAUGCAACCGCCCUCGCAGCGCGGGGGCGCGCGGCGAUGAAUACACUCGAGUGGAAGCAGCACUGGAACGACAUGGCCGAGUGGGGAGAUGCUAAUAUUCCAACCGUGCGCAUUAUCAGUGGCACGCCCUGGGAGGAGCACUGGCUGGCUCCGGCGAUUGGCUCGAACCUGCGCCGGGUGGCGAUGAGCUCCAUCAGCGGCUCUGGACAG